GUGACGCAGUUUCUGUGCGCGGAAAGGGGCCUAGCGGAGCCGGGACCGGGGACCAGCCUGAGGGAGUGAUCGGGGGCAGGGAACCGCGCACUCGGCGCCUACAUGGAGUCGCCUACAGAAGCGGCGGAUUCCUGUGUUGUGUGCUGUUCCUUGCCAGGAUUAAAUGUGGGCUAUUUCUGUAUUUCUGCACUCUAUGUAAAACCGGGUGUUAAUCUACAGCACAGUGAGAAACAGCAGAGCCCAUCUGUCCUGUGACCGUCUGACCUGAGAGCAAUGGAGCCACUUAACAUAACCAGGGACAUUAUCCAGCGGCAGAUAAAGGAAAGGAACACUCUACAGUUCGAGCGUCGAUAUCAUGUCAUUGAUCCAUUCAUCAAGAGGCUGGGCCUGGAGUGUGAGCUGGAGGGUCACUCUGGAUGUGUAAACUGUCUGGAAUGGAAUGAGAAGGGCAAUUUGUUGGCCUCCGGAUCAGAUGAUCAACACGCCAUUCUCUGGGAUCCUUUCAGCUGCAAGAAACUGCUGACCAUGCACACUGGACACACGGCCAACAUAUUCACAGUGAAGUUCCUGCCUCACUCAAACGACCGCACAUUGAUUACUGGAGCUGCUGACUCCAAGGUUCAUGUCCACGACUUGACAGUAAAGGAAACUGUUCAUAUGUUUGGCGAGCACACCAAUCGUGUGAAGCGAAUUGCAGCUGCUCCCAUGUGGCCGAACACGUUCUGGAGUGCAGCAGAGGACGGAACUGUCAGGCAGUAUGACCUGAGAGAGAGCAGUAAGCGCUCACAGGUACUGGUGGACCUCACUGAAUAUUGUGGGCAGCACGUGGAAGCUAAAUGCCUAGCCAUUAAUCCUCAGAACAAUAAUUAUCUUGCUGUCGGGGCAAGUGGUCCCUUUGUGCGGGUUUAUGACAUUCGUAUGAUUCACAAUCACAGAAAAGCAGCAAAGCAGAACUCAACCCCUGGAUUGCACACAUUUUGUGACAGGUACAAAUCUGUGCCGGAUGGAGCUGUUCAGUAUUAUGUGGCAGGUCAUCUCCCAGUGAAACAGCCUGAUUAUAACAAUCGCCUCCGUGUGCUUGUAGCCACCUAUGUAGCCUUCAACCCUGAUGGGACUGAGCUUUUAGUCAACAUGGGAGGAGAGCAGGUCUAUUUGUUUGAUCUGACAAAUAAGCAGAAACCCUAUACAUUUCUGCUACCCAAGAAGUGCCACUCCUCUGCUGAUUUACAGAACGGAAAAUCAAUAACAAAUGGAGUUACAAAUGGAAUCCAUCUCCACAGUAAUGGCUUCAGGCUGUCAGAAGCAUGGCCACAAAGCAGUGUUCCCUAUGAAUUGCCACUUCACUUAGAGAGGCUGAAACAACAAGCAAAUGACGCUUUCUCCCGACAACAAUGGACACAGGCCAUCCAACUUUACAGCAAAGCCAUUCAGCAAGCACCUGGGAACCCCAUGCUUUAUGGCAACCGAGCAGCAGCCUUCAUGAAGCGCAAGUGGGAUGGAGACCAUUAUGAUGCCCUUAGAGAUUGCUUGAAAGCAAUUUCUUUGAAUCCCUCCCACCUGAAGGCCCACUUCCGUCUAGCACGUUGUUUAUUUGAGUUAAAGUAUGUUACUGAGGCUCUGGAGUGCCUCGAUGACUUUAAGGGCCGCUUUCCUGAACAAGCCCACAGCAGCGCCUGUGAUGCGUUGGACCGAGAUAUCAAGGCUGUGCUCUUUGCAAAGACUGACAACUCUGAUGAGAAGAAGGCAGGAACAACCACCCCAAUCCGUAUCCGAUCAAGCAGCAGGAAAGAUUCCAUCUCCGAUGAUGAAGUGAUUCUGAGGGAACGAGGUUAUGAUUACAAGUCACGGUAUUGUGGCCACUGUAAUACCACCACAGAUAUUAAAGAAGCCAACUUCUUCGGGAGUAACGGCCAAUACAUUGUCAGCGGUUCUGAUGAUGGAUCCUUCUUCAUCUGGGAGAAAGAGACAACAAACCUUGUUCGUGUUCUUCAGGGUGAUGAGUCGAUUGUAAAUUGUCUGCAGCCUCACCCAAAACACUGCUUCCUUGCAACAAGUGGUAUUGAUCCUGUGGUUCGCCUCUGGAGUCCACGACCAGAAAGUGAAGAUCAAAAUGAGCGAGUAAUUGAAGAUAUGGAGGGAGCUUCACAGGCAAAUCAGCGGCGAAUGAACGCAGAUCCCCUCGAAGUUAUGCUCUUAAAUAUGGGAUACAGGAUCACUGGACUAACCAACAGUGGGAUGGCUUCAGAUGAUGAGGAAAACUCUGAAGGCCAGGUGCAGUGCCGGCCAAGUUAAAUAGCGUCCCAACAAUAGCGUACUUGGGACAGACCAGGGAACAACUCUCAUUUCAGUGUGUCUGUGGCUGAAAACACUGCACUGUCCUCAGCUACGCACCAAAUGCUUUGUUUAGGAAGCAAUGACAGGGUUUGCAUUCUUUCUAACAUCUAUCAGACUCCUUUAUGGAUGAGCCCUAUUCCAUCUGCAGAAGUCUGAGAGUGAUGCUGCUACCCUCUCAGGAACAGCUAACUGGGCCUAACUUGGCCUGGGAUGCAUACAGGAGGCCUCACGUUUCUGGUGAUUGAAAAAGACUCAUUUGAUAAGCAGAUCAUUUUGUAAAUUGUCUAGAUGCUGCUUUCAGUUUGUAUAAAUGCUUCCUGCUCUA